UCCCAAACUCCAUCUCUCUUUCUUCUCUUUCUUUGAUCUUCAUCUACUCGAGGACGAGUCAACCCAUCGGAAACUUGGAUCAUAUCGAGUUUCUGUCUCUUUGAUAAUACUAAUACCUGCUACGCCAUCUCUUUCGUCAGCAACUUAAUAAUCAACAUGGCUUCCAUGGAUUAUGAGAACGAGAACGGCACUCGUGGAUACGAGGACGAGGCUCCUCGUUACGAGCAACGCGACCGUAGCGCCUCGCCACGCCCACGUCGCCAGGACAGCCCUCGCCGUCGAUCUGCCUCCCCAGGUGGCAACGGCCAGGUCGAUUCUCGACCACCAAGUGGCCCCAAGAAUGACCGCGGCGGACCUCCUCCCCAGGAUGAUGGCGCCGUCAACCCCGGAUCCAACCUUUUCGUCACCGGUAUCCACCCCCGUCUUUCCGAGGCCGAGGUCACUCGCCUGUUCGAGAAGUACGGUGAGGUCGAGAAGUGCCAGAUCAUGCUUGACCCCCACACCAAGGAGUCCCGUGGCUUCGGAUUCGUCAAGAUGGUCACUGCCGACCAGGCCGACGCUGCCAAGGAGGGCCUCCAGGGUGAAGUCAUCGAGGGCCGCACCUUGAGCAUCGAGAAGGCCAGGCGCUCCCGCCCACGCACCCCAACCCCCGGCAAGUACUUUGGUCCACCAAAGAGAGACGACCCUCGCGGCCCGCCACCUGGAAGAUGGGGCGACCGCUACGAUGACCGCCGCCGCGGUGGAUUCCGUGACGACCCUUACAGCUACCGUGGAUCCCGCGGUGAUGACCGUGGAGACCGCGGAUACGGACGCCGCGACCGUGACGACUACGCUCCCCGUGGAAUCGACCGUUAUGGAGGUGGUCGCGAUGACCGCUAUGGUGGACGUGAUGACCGCCGUGGCGGCGGUGGCGGAUACUCUGACCGCUACGACCGUGGCGACCGCGGUGAACGUGGUGGAGACCGCGAUGGUGGACGCUCAUCCCGUGAUGCAGCUCCGCCAGCCGCCUAUGGUGACCCAGCCCCUCGCGGAGAUGCUCGGGAGCCAUACGGAGGUAGAUACAACGAUGAUGAGAAAUACUCCCAUCGUGGCUAUUGAUCGCUAAUCCUUAUAGGUGCGGAGCGCCCUUCGCGUUAAACAACGACGAUCCCACUUAUCACAAGAGUCUUUGGAUCUGCGACUUUCAUUGAUGCGGGUGCACCUCCACCAGUUUUUCUUUACGGGUUUCGGCAUCAGAGAUUUAAGUGCGACGGAACGGAUGGGGAAAAGCAAUUUGUUAUAUCAGGGCGUGCUCGGCGGAUGGGGCAAAGCACGACUUCUCGCGUGACAGGUUGCUUUCGAUACUAUGGAUUCUUAAGGUUUCUUUUGUCUUUCAUCAAGGUGCCAUAGGGCAUGCGACUUUCGAUCGAACAGAUGGAUCUCAAACGCAUGGAACGCAGCCUUUAUAAUUGGUUCGCGUCUUGCCCUGGAUCACAGCACGUCUACUCUUCGAUGAGCAUGCACAGCACUUCUUGUACCACUAGCCAGCAGUUCGCUUUCGGCUCUGUCGUUUUCGGCAUAACUCCUGAGGUUUUCGACUCCGUCGUCAAUAGUCCCGCCUGAGAAAAAUCGAAGCAACUCAGCCUCAACC